GACAAAUCUGGUUCGAACUAGUUUGCUUGGCAGCAUUAACGUGCAGUAGUUGCAUUGUAGCAAGGUAGUUCAAUACGAUUCCGGGGUUCAGUAAAUUGAUGUUUAAGCGGUGCAAUCCUCUUGCAUUCUAGCUUAACCCAAUUUAAAAUUUUGCAUUAUUAUUUUAAUUUGUUUUUAGAAAAUCCCUCAAAAACAAAACAUGCCCAGGAAACAGACGUCUGAUACAGUAGCAGACAAGUCCCCACCACCGAUUCUCAUGCAACUGAGGAAGAGACAGACAAAACAAACCGAUGAGAUCCCAAUAAAGAAAGCAACUACCCAAAAAAAAACCAAGACCCGAGCUAAAGCAAAUCCUCCACAAGCCAAUCAAGAAGCUAAAGAAGAUUCUGUACCCUCAGAAAAUGGUGAACGGAAAAACAAUGAGGUACCUGCAGCUGGAGAGACUGAAACCAAGUCAGAAUAACAUCUGUCUUGCAUGUUUAUCAUUGGUCGAUGCACCUCUUGUACAAUUCAGAGGAAUAUUUUUAUCAACUAUUUUGUAAAUGCAAGGUUUUAGUAGCUUAGUAAUAGGCAACACACUUUGAAAUAGGGAAUCCCAGCACCUCUACCCUUUCUUCACCCCAUGCAUACAUUUUUACAUCUUUGGAUGUUAAUGUCUGAAUUUUUUAAUUUUUUUUUCAAUAUAAAAAAAACAAGUUGUGUGUACUUGGAUGUUACAGGGAUUUUUACUGAGAAAUCCACAAAUACAUUAUUAAAUACACUAGUAAGAUGGAGGGCUUUGAAAGACCAUUUACAAUGUAGACAUACUGUAACAUUCCAUGGGCAAGGAUGGUUUGCCUGACUGUCAGACAUUUAAAGGAGAAUUUUAAUUCUGGUACUUUAAAAAAAAAUAUAUAGCAUUUGUAUGAUGAACAAGUUAAAUGUCAGAAAAUUAAUGUUCCCGUUGUUGAAAUUUAGAUAACCUUGCCUCAAAUCCUGUUUUAAUCUUGGAUUUCCCUCUUAAUAAUUUGUGGCAAUGUUGUCCUGGCUAUAUUUGUGAUAGUGCUUCUUGGAUUAUCAUUUUCUUUUCAUGAAACUGCUGUGAAUGGGUUCAUUAAGUCUCGUUUUUGGGGUUUAUAGUGUGAUUUAUUAGAAGCGCAAAUAGGUGAAGUUGCCUGCAAUGAAACCUGACCACCAGAGAUGCACAUCUGAAGUCUUAGGUAUUUUUGGUCAAUGUUGUACCCUAUAGUUGCUGACAUUCAAACAAAAAUCAUGCUGAAAAGCCACUGGAAGUUUAGAAUUAUGGUAUUAACAUUUAAUUACAUAUAUUGGAGGCUUACAUUUUCUAUUUCCAUACAGGUUCUAUGUAGGAUUGUACAGGCUGUUUAUAGCUGUAUCUGUGUACUGGUGGAUUAAAUAAAAUUCAUGGUUGAAGUGUG